UAGAUAGACAAAACUCUGUAUUUCAGUCGAGAUUAAAAGGUGAACAACUCAUUCCCAUCAGGUUCCGCAACCAUUGAAAGAGACUAGCCACCUUCGUUUGCCUACUUACCUGGGUUAUCUUCUGUUUCUGAAAUUCCCAAGUGUACGAUUGAGAUGGCCGCAGCUGCCAAGUUCUCUUACCAGAGAUUGAGAAAUGGAGAUGAUGAGCUUGAUGUUGAUGAUAUAGGAGAGAGACUGACUGGGAGAUCAAGAAGCUUUUACAGGCUUAAAAGGAUACCUGUUAGGAGGAGAUUCAGGCUUAAGGUUCCAAGCUUGAAAAGAUUCUUGAGGGGGAAGAUUAAGCUAGUCAGGCUUUCGUUUGCUAAGGUGAUGAAGAGAUUGAAAGACAGUCAGUCUCAUUUUGGUGAUCUUUUUGUUGGAAACUAUGUAUUCAUUCAAGUCAAUCCUACCACCAUGAAAUGCUUUGCAAAAUCUUGUGAAGGCCCUGGCCUUAAAGCCUUGCCUUCCAGGUACUCUUUCCCUAGAAUUGCUUGAUGCUCUUAUUGUCUUUAAUGUAAAAGCAGAAGUUUUAACUUUUCCUUUCAGGCUUUGAAUGUCUUCCUACUUUUCCUUCUCCUAGAUCUUGACUGGUAUAGGAUAGCUAUAACUAUUUGCAACCCCUCUACUGCAGUCUGUAAUAAUCCAGGAUUGAACUGUAACCAAAAGGGAUCAGCUACAGUAUGAAUCUUGGAAACCAUGUAAUACAAUUUCAUCAAAGAAAGAAUAGAAGUUCUGGAAAAGAUUUCUAUGUUUAUU